AGAGAUGAGGUGGAGUCUUUGGAAGCUAUAUUAAUGGAUGAUGUUCAAAUAACUAGAAAUCCAGAAAGUGAUGCGCCUGAACUUAUAGAAACUACAGUGUUUCCUCAAGUAGGUGAUGAGGUCGAACAAUAUGUAUGUGUGACUCUGCAAGUUAUUCCCACAGUCGACUAUCCAGAAACAAGCCCUGAAUAUAAGCUACUGCGUCCACGUGGCUUGGAUGAUGCGCGUUUGGAGGCUAUUAAACGAGCAUGCAACGAGAAAUUGAGGGAGUCCAUAGGUUUCCCCGUUGUGUUUGAUCUAAUUGAGGUGGUGCGAGAACAUUUAACGGGAAGCAAUUUACCGAGCGGCCAGUGUGUUGUUUGUUUAUAUGGUUUUAGUGAUGGUGACGAAUUUACACGUACAGAAUGUUUUCAUUAUUUGCAUAGUUAUUGUUUGGGCCGACAUCUAAAUGCUUUACGUCGAACUUAUAAAGAAGAAUAUGAUAAGCUACCAAGUUGGCUUCAAAAAACCUCUGAUCCAUUUCAAGCGCUAUGUCCUGUUUGUCGCGAGCCUAUCAAAGAUCAGGAAGAUAGUUUGCGUUGUGCCAUGCCGCCAUCUGAGCUUCAAAAUGCGCCUGAAUUUAAAUUAACACGAGAACUAAGAGAUCUUCAGCAGCGUAUGUCUGCACUAUUUCUUAAGCAGAAGAAACGUGGGGGUAUAAUAGAUGUGGACGCAGAAAGUGGAACUGUUAUUUCGAUUGAAAGUGAGGAAGAGAUGAGAUUGCGUUUACAACGUAAGCCCAAUUAUAACGGCAGUAGGAGAGCGGAAAACACGAUUACUGAAUGUAACUUAUUAGAAACAGAAGGAAGUAGUGGAAGUAAUGGGAGUCAGAACGCGGGAACUUCGUUAUCUCUGGUUCAAAAAGAUCCUACUUGUUCUAAAUCGUCAGGCAGCGCACACUUUGCCCCAAUAGUGCAACAGACGCAUAGAGUAAGUGCUGAUCCAACGAACAACAAUUUCGAACAUCAUCAUCAUAAUCGUCGUCACUUUCGUGGUGGAAGACGCCAUCAACAACAUCAUCAUCACCAUCGAGGCGAGCGUGAGCGAGAGCGGGAGCGUGACCGUGGAAACGCGAUCGCCAGCAACAGUGGAAGCAGUAGCGGAGGGACGAGUGCCAAUGCGUCGACAUCCAUAGGCGGUAAACAGACGAAGGCCCAUGUAGCCAAUAGCAUGCAUGGCAGGUGACGAUUGGUACGAGUUAAAGCACUGCCUUAUAUCAGGCACACGAAUAGUAGCAGUCUAAAUUCUUAUAAAAGAUGCAUCGGUUAUAUCCAACACAUGUUACGGGCUAUUGCAUUGAGAAAUAUGCUAUCCGCUUUGCCGUGGUAUGAAGCUGACAUUUAGCGUGUAACCUUUGUAAUUAUUUGGUAUUCAAGUGAUUUUAAGUUUAUUUUUGUUAUAAAAGUCCACUUCGUUUACCGCAUUAUGUAAAGUGACAACAACAUACUCCUGUGAUGGAACAGAACCAAGUACCUUGUUAUUUGUAAAGUGGAGAUAAUUAAGAUUUUGUGUAACUAAUUUCUGUU